AUGACUCUCUUAAUCCAGUACCUUCUCAUUGGCGUUGCCCUACUCAGCAGUUGGGUGUACGCAAGUUCCAACAACACCUAUUGCAAACCCAUCCCAGGCUCGGCUGACUGGCCAGAUCGAGCCGAAUGGCAGGCGUUGAAUACUUCGCUAUCAGGCCGACUCAUCACUGCAGUGCCGCCAGGUCUGGUCUGCCAGCAAAACAGCUCCGUUUAUAACGUCGAUGCAUGUGCGACUGUGUAUCAAGAAUGGGGAAAUUCUUCAUGGCACGCAUCGGAACCUUUCACCAGCGAUUACAAUGACGAAGGAUGUCUUCCUAGCAAAAUGGCCCCAUGUUCGGCUGCUGCAUAUCCAGCAUUCGUAGUCAAUGCAAGCAAUGCCGGCCAUGUUCAAGCUGCGGUGAAGUUUGCAAAGCGCACAGGUGUCAGAUUGAUCGUCAAAGGGACAGGCCACGACAUCCCCGGACGAUCAUCCGGGCCAGAAGCGCUCUCUGUCUGGACUCACAAUAUCCGCGGUGUCAAUGUUACCAUGGGAGAUGUGCGCGCGAAGAAAUAUGGUGCUGUAGCUGCUGUCAAAAUUGCCGCGGGUAUGCAGAUGCGAGAGAUUUAUGCUGAAGCCGUAAGGCACAAUAUCACUGUCGUUGGUGGUGGUGAUGUCGAUGUAGGUAUCGGAGGGUGGAUCACUGGAGCUGGUCACAGCCCGAUCAGCAGCAAGUAUGGCCUUGGAGCGGAUCAAGUUCUCGAGAUGGAAGUCGUCACAGCAAAUGGGACCCUAUUGACAAUCAAUGAGAAUUCAUAUCCUGGCCUUUUCUGGUCCAUGCGAGGCGGAGGCGGUUCGACUUUUGCAGUCAUCAUUUCUGUGACUGUUCGAGCGUACCCGCGUCUUGCGGCCACGCUGUACAUAUACAGCUACAAUACCACCGUCGACUCUGACACCUUCUGGUCCUUAACGACGUACUUCCACGGCCAGCUCCCUACUUUGUCCGAUGAAGGAGUCAUGGGCUAUUAUUACGGCAUGCCUUCGAUCGGAGACACCGACUCUUCGAGAAGUUCAUUGUUUGGUGUAUGGAUUGUGCCUGAGAAGACCGAGGCGCAGACAAAGGCGAUCAUAUCACCCAUGGAAGAGGCCAUCAGCAACAAUACCUUCGGAUGGAAAGACGCCGUAAUUGUCUCUAAUACCUCCAUUCAUGUCGACGACUUCAUGUCCGCCUGGGAACAAAACACGCCAGAGGGUGUUGGAGUCAACGUUCGUGUCGGCUCUUGGUUGCUAGGUCGCAAAGCCCUCGAGACCAAUCCACGGGCACUGAACAAGAUCCUCAGGCAAACCGUGACAACUCAGCAAACUGCGAUCCUCGGCAACUUGGUCGCUGGACAAGGAGUAAAGAAUGUCACGAUACCUGGUGGGGGCAAUGCGGUCUUGCCUGCGUGGCGUAAUGCAUAUGUCCAUUAUAUACUUCCAGUUAGUUGGCCGUAUUUGAAUGAGACGGCGAAGAUUGCUGCCACCACUGAGUUGCGCAACGUGCAAGUCGAGGCAUUGCGUCAGCUUGCACCGAACUCAGGAGCAUACGUGAACGAGGCAGAUCCCACCGAACCAGAUUGGCAGCGGGCAUUCUGGGGUGCCAAUUAUCCACGUCUCCUUGACUUGAAGAAUUAUUGGGACCCAACUGGGGUCUUUUGGUGUAAACCAUGCGUUGGACAUGAAUUGUGGACUGUCGAGAGCCAGUAUGGAAUUGAAGGUGGCAUUGGUCAAACACCUGGACGCAUUUGUAAGGGUUGA